UCGCAUAUGAAAGCGGAUGCUGAGGGAAGCCUUUGGACAACAUGGACAAACAGCUUACCUUUUACGGAACUCACCUCCUGCACCACACCGGCCCGCUCCUUUUUUCGAACAUCAGUAUUUAUCCCCGCUUGUCAUCUGAUAAUCCCUCAGGAUUUGUUCAUCGAUCUUGCAUUUAUAGUAGCCUUGCAAAAAUGUCGCAGUUCUCAGAAGAAGACAUACAGGAAGAGCAAAUUCACUUUUCAAACGUUAUCACGACGUUCAAUCAAUACGCCCAAUACUCGCUCAAUGCCAAUAAUCGCCGAAGAAAGGAUCUCUAUACUCUCCCCCAGGCAGACAAGGACCUUCUCGAUGAUUUGGGAUAUAAACAAAAGCUUUCUGACGUUGACAAAGCUAUUCUAGCCAAUGCUUCGUUCUUGAAUCAGAUAAUAGCCAAUCCUGAAAUUUUUGGUCACGAGCUCCCCACAGACGGGGCCGACAUAGAUGAGGCCGACCCAUCAACCCCUGGAAAUGCGUCGUCUGGAGGGCACUCACACUCUAAUGCACAUAGUCACUCUCAUGGUCAUUCUCACAGCCACAGCUCCCCAGUAUUUUCGGACGGCCAUGGCCAGUCUCAACGUCCCAAAAAAUACAGACCAACCGAUUUUGAUAUGGACAAGCUAAGGAGCACCAUAAAGCAAUUCGUUCGAGACUGGAGUGACGAGGGAAAAGAAGAACGAGAAGCUUGUUACAAGCCUAUGAAAGACGCCUUGCUUGACCACUUUUCUGAUAUCCCGUUCGAAGAAAGACGCAACUUCAGAGUACUUGUUCCUGGUGCUGGCUUAGGUCGUUUAGCAUACGACGUGGCGAAUCUAGGAUUCGCAUGCCAGGGAAAUGAAUUCUCUCACUAUAUGCUUUUGGCCUCGUACUUCAUAUUGAACAGGACGGACCAAAUCGAGCAGCACACGGUGUAUCCAUAUGUCCAUUCAUUCUCCAAUGUAUCUUCCCGGGAAUCAAUGCUACGAGCGGUUCGCAUACCAGAUGUUUUGCCAUCUGCCCUACCACCUGGGUCAGAUUUCUCUCUUGUCGCUGGUGACUUCGAAGAAAUUUAUGGUGCAGAAGAAAAUAGUGUAAAGGGGCAAGAGCCACAAUCAGGCCAGUGGGAUGCUGUGAUGACAUGUUUUUUCAUAGACACCGCCAAGAAUAUUGUAAACUAUCUUCGAAUCAUUCAUCGGAUACUAGCGCCAGGUGGUGUCUGGAUCAACAUGGGCCCUUUGCUGUGGCACUUUGAGAACAAUGCUACCAAUGACCCCUCAGUCGAGCUCGACCUCGAAGAAGUCAAAACACUCGCUCGCAAGAUUGGAUUUGAGCUAUCUAAUGAGCGGACGAUAGACACAACUUACACAAGUAAUGCACAAGCCAUGCUUGGCUACGUGUAUCAUACUUCGUUUUGGACAGCCAAGAAACUGCCUUAGCCAGCAUUUCUUUGAAAUCAAAAAUUCUCACAACUGUAAUUUAGGAUAAUGAUAUUUAACAACAUUUGAUCAAAAUAUUGCACUUUCAUUAGUGCCCCU